AUGUCUGCGAAAGUCAAAUCCGGCGCUGAAUUCGCAGAUGAAAGUUUCAAGCUUUUUUCCAAGAUCCAAGUCUCAGAUCCAACACCGGAAGAGGCGUCAGCAAUUCGAAAUAAAUGCUUGUGGCGGAUUAUCCCGUUUCUGUGUGUUGGAUACCAUCUGAUGUAUGUGGAUAAGCAAACACUAGGAAGCUCUGCAAUUCUGGGAAUUAUGGACGACGCGCAUUUAAACUCCAAUCAAUACAACUGGCUGUCUUCCAUCUUCUACUUCGGAUAUCUCCUGGCAGAGUGGCCGCAGAACUGGGCACUGCAGAGGUUCCCUGUUGGAAAAUGGCUUGCGGGGAAUUUAAUCAUAUGGGGAUUUAUUAUUCUACUCCACGCGCCGUGCAACAGUUUCGCCUCCCUCUUCGUGGUCCGGUUCUUCCUAGGGCUGGCGGAGGCUUGUAUCGUCCCUGCGUUUCUCCUCAUAAUGUCCAUGUUCUUCACGUACAGCGAACAAUCCGUCAUCAUGCCAAUCAUGUGGUCCAUUGGAAAUGCAAGUCCGAUUACCUCGGGGUUGUUAUCAUACGGGGUGCUCUGGAUCGACACAGGCAAUUUUGCACCGUGGAAGUGGUUCAUGGUUAUAACCAGUCUUCUUACGGUAAUCUUCGGCGUCGUCGUCUGGUUCUUCUUCCCAGAUAGCCCGGUCAACGCCAAAUUCCUAACCCACGAAGAGCGCGCCCAGGCGAUUCUACGAAUUAAGGAGAACCAUUCAGGCAUCGAGCAGAAGACAUUCAAGAGAUACCAAUUCAUUGAAGCACUUCAAGACCCCAAAACAUGGCUCUUCUUCCUACACGCAUGGUCGCAGGAAAUGGCCAACGGAUUGACGAACCAGUAUUCCCUGAUCAUUAAUUCCUUCGGGUUUACUGUGCUCCAGACGACGCUGCUAGGAAUGGUUUCCGGGGUCGUUUCAUUCUUUUCGCUAGGAACUGCGGCGAUCGUUCUAUACCACACCAAGAACUGCCGCGCGUGGAUCUCGCUCGUUGCCUAUAUUCCAGCUGUACUUUCUAGCAUUCUUUUACUGGCCCUCCCCUGGUCCAACCGCUGGGGACUGAUAUCAGCAACCUGGAUCCGUUCGACAGCCGGUAUCCCAUACGCAGUGGUUAUGGUCUGGGCCGCAAAUGCAUCAGCCGGACAUACCAAGAAGACAACAGUGAUUGCCCUGUAUCAUGUUGGGUAUGGCCUGGGAAAUAUUAUCUCACCACAGCUGUUCAGGCCGGAGUGGAAGCCCCGGUAUAAACCAACAUGGAUAAUAAUCCUGGUCAUCGCCGCAAUCCUGCCCUCAAUAAUAAUCAUAGCCCUGCGAAUCCACCUAAGUCGCGAGAACAAACGUCGUGACGCACUCCAGGCUGCAGAUCAAGUGGUUACAAACGGUGUUGUCGAAACGACGGAUUCAGACGGAACGCAGGUCGCCCAGGUUGUGGAUAAUAGUCAGAUGGAUUUGACUGAUAAAGAGAAUUUGACCUUGUGA